AUGGAUGAAAGCGAAUCGUCCUUGCUGGAGUACCUUGAUCUUUCGCAGCUGACAUGUCUGAACGAAGCUGGACAGCACAAUGUCAAGUCUAUCCUUGCGAGCAAGGUCCGGAAUUCAACAUCUUCGUUUCUGGAGAGUGAUGUUGACGAACAGUUACUCAUCAAUAUCACCUUCAAUCAGACUGUGCGCAUUCGCGCCGUUGCCAUACAAUCACCAACUGUCGUACAAGCCCCUCGAAGAGUGAAGCUUUACAUCAACUCCCCAUCUCUGGGAUUCGACAACAUCGAGGAAGGGGCUUCAAAGAUUGCACAGGAGAUAGAACUCUCAGAAGAUCAAGUGUCCGAAGGCAAGCGGGUGCCGCUACGCUAUGUGCGCUUUCAAGCCGUGAACAGCCUCCACAUUUUCGUAGAAUCAAAUCAUGGAGAUGAUGAGCACACAUGCAUCGGCGCCAUUGAUGUUUUCGGCUUUCCUGUCUUGGGCGCAAGGGAUCUGAGUGGUUUGAAGAGACAAGGUGAUUGA